AUGUUGGCACUGGCCGUUAUAGAAUUGUACACCUCGCCGGUCUAUGUAAUGUACGAACGGUUCCAGCAGAACAACGGAACCGACAUAAUCGAUGCAGCCAACCUGCGCAUACGCAAGUUCAACCGAACGCUGACCGUGUUUGAUGGAACGUUCGAAUUGCACAAAGAUUUGAAUAAUGACUACGCCUUCACCUUGUACCUUUCGUACAGCACACUGGGUAACAAUCAAUUCAUCCGCUCGCCGUUCCGUGUGCCCGUGCAGAGGGUGUGCACGUUUUUAAACACAACCUAUCACGACUAUCGGGAGUUUUAUCGCAACAUGACGAACUUCCCGGACGUUGGUGCAUGUCCGAUGCCGAUGCAGCAGUAUUACAUCAAGAACAAGGUGUUGGAUUCUAGGCUUAUUAACAACUACUUCCAGCCAGGCUUAUGGAAGCUGGAUAUUUUACUAGUGACGGUGGUUGAUGAUGAAAUUUUAUUUAGCGCCGAAUUACUGUUCAAGGUUUCACGCGAUGAUAUCUUUUAA